UUCAAGGAUUAGAGAAAAAUAUUGUCCAUCAUAACAAAGCGAUUAAAAUGGGAUUUGACAGCGCCAAGUUUGUAACAAGCGUAGCAGACGAUAAAAAGUGUCUUAUGUGUCACGGUGUCUUGGAUAACCCCGUGAGGUCACCAUGCGGGCACGUGUUCUGCUCGAGCUGCAUACAGCCUUGGCUAGCCAAGCACGGCGCCUGCCCCAAAAAGUGCAGAGCUAUUGGGCCGAACGAUUUGGAGAAUGUGCUUCCUCUUCGAGAGGUCAUACUGAAUCUUAAGGUGAAGUGCGAGUUUUUCGAGUACGGCUGCACUCAGACCAGCAGACUGACCGACCUGUUUAGACACACCCAGAGAUGUGGUUACAAACCCGUGGCUUGCAGCAACCCUGGAUGCGAGCUUGUUCUCUGUCAGAAGGACAUUUACCUGCACGAGUCGGAGAAGUGCUCAUGUCGACCCGUCGGCGAGUGCGACAAAGGCUGUGGGCUCCUCCUACACCUCAACACCCUGAACGCCCAUGACUGCUACCAGGCCCUGAAGGCGCUGGUCAAGUCUCAGGAGGAUCAGCUGAAAGAUCUGAGAGAAAAGCUUACAGUGGUCAGCACCAAGUUCUCCACCAAAGAGCAAGGCUUGUUAGACAAAGUCUCCGCCCUCAACAGACAGCUCGUAGAACAAAGCAAGUCAGAACGAGACGCAACGGUUAAGGAGGCCAAUUCUGAGGUAAGUGUUGAUUCAUUUGAUUCGUGGAUGGCCCAUUGGUUUUGAAAAGUGCUACCCAAACCCAACCUUUGUCGAC